AGAUUCUAACGUAUUGAGUGCUUCUAUUUUUUAUUAAUAAAUAUUAAUAGUUAUUGCAAUAUAAUAGUACAGUAGUUAUAAUAUUGUAAUCACAUGAUAGUGUGUUGUAUUGUUAGACGAUUUACUAUUAUUGUUAUACACAUCUUAAUAAUCAAUUAUUGAUAAAUUAUUUAUUAUUCAACUGUUACUUUUCAUUAUUGAAACUUGACUAAUUUUAAACAGUUUUUAUUUAUUGUGUUCUGUCUUAUAGUAGGUAUAUAAUAUUUUAAACGUUUUUGAAUUCUAAUUUCAAUAUACUUCCCCACGUUAUAUAUAGAAACUUUCUGCUCGAGAUAAGGAAUUUAAUUACCUAAAUAUUAUAUAUUUCUUAUAUUUAAUAAAAUCAGUUUUAAAAUGUCAAAACGAAACAAGAUUUCAUAUAUUAAGCCACGAGAACCAUCAUUUUUGAGAAAAUUAAAAGAAGAAGCCAACUAUAAGGAAGGACCAACAGUUGAUACAAAAAAAAUCGAACUUCCAACUUAUGAAGAUGACGAAUCAUAUGAUGAUGACAAUCCUACUGUGGUAGUAUUAACUGAAGGCGAUUUAACUUCUGAAGAAGCAUCCAAAGAGGCACUAGCCAAAGAACAAGAAGAAAAUAGUAAACCAGCAGAUUUAUCUAAGCGUAUAAUUUUCAAACGUCCAGCUAAAAGUACACCACAAUCUGAAGAAAAACAUAGAGUGAAUAAAAAGAAAAAACGAACAGAAAAAUUAGUUUUAUCUUUCGAUGAUGAAGAGGAGUAUUCUUGAACCGGGUUUGUUUAAAAUGAUACUGCAAAAUUACUUUUUGUUUAUCAAGCUAUGGUUGUCUCAAUAGUUGUUUGUACCAAUGACUUUUUCAAACAAACACCUAUCUAUGUAUAGAAUAUGUAUUUUAAUAAAAUAUGUACUUAUAAUGGCAAUGUAUUUUUAAAACAAACUUUGAUGACUUAUUUGAUUGCCAGAUAAAUUUUGUAAUUUUAUUUGAUUCAGUAAAAUAUUUAAGGAUAAAGUUAUUUUAAGUUAUUUAAAUUUUGUAUAUAAUUUUAAAAAUGUUAAUUGACCAUAUUAUAAAAUUUAUCCUAAUUAUUUUAAUUUUCAAACUAUAAUAAACAAUAUUUCUUUGAAC